AAGCUUCAGUUCCCACCCGACGGGUAAACACCAGCGCACAGGGAUAUCAGAGCAGCGUGUGUGAGUGGCUAAAAUCUCGCUGAGAGUUUAAAGCUUAAAACUCGUGUUUCAUGUUUAGGUGACAACAUGGACAAUACGACGGACGGGACGUGGGACAGUUUACCUGUUAAACUCAACGAGAGGAUUUUAGAGACGCUCCACGAGCUGAAGUUCACACAUAUGACACCUGUUCAGUCUGCGUGUAUUCCGCUGUUCAUGAGCAACAAGGACGUGGCUGCAGAGGCGAUAACUGGGAGUGGGAAGACGCUGGCGUUCGUCAUUCCAAUCAUAGAGCUGCUCCUGAAGCGAGAAGAGAAGCUGAAGAAGAUGCAGGUCGGGGCCCUGGUGGUCACCCCCACGAGAGAACUGGCCCUGCAGAUCAGUGAGGUGAUGGGACAGUUCAUAGAGAAGUUUCCACAGUUUACGCAGAUUUUACUGAUCGGUGGUACUAACCCGAUAGAGGACGUGGAGAAGUUCAAGGAGCAGGGGGCGAACAUCGUGAUCGCGACGCCGGGCCGACUGGAGGACAUGUUCAGGAGGAAGUCCGACGGUCUGGACCUGGCGAGCUCAGUCAAGAGUCUGGAUGUUCUGGUUCUGGACGAGGCCGACAGGCUGCUCGACAUGGGCUUCGAGGCCAGCCUGAACACCAUCUUGGGCUUCCUGCCCAAACAGAGGCGCACAGGCUUGUUCUCAGCCACUCAGACGCAGGAGCUGGAGAAGCUGGUGAGGGCCGGCCUCAGGAACCCCGUCCGGAUCACCGUCAAAGAGAAAGGCCUGGCCGCCGUCGCCGCCUCCCAGAAGACCCCGUCCAGACUCUCCAACUACUACACCAUUUGCAGAACGGACGAGAAGUUCAACAACCUGGUGACGUUUCUACGGCAACACAAGCACCAGAAGCACCUGGUCUUCUUCAGCACGUGUGCGUGUGUCGAAUACUACGGUCGAGCUCUGGAGACGCUGGUGAAGAAAGUCACCGUCCGCUGCAUCCACGGCAAGAUGAAGAAUAAACGCAACAGCAUCUUCGCCGACUUUCGGGCCCUGAAAAGUGGGAUCUUGGUUUGUACGGACGUCAUGGCCAGAGGCAUCGACAUCCCCGACGUUCACUGGGUGCUGCAGUACGACCCCCCGAGCAGCGCCAGUGCGUUUGUGCAUCGGUGCGGGCGCACGGCUCGCAUCGGUAACCACGGCAACGCCCUGGUCUUCCUGCUGCCGAUGGAGGAAUCGUACGUCAACUUCCUGUCCAUCAACCAGAAGUGCCCGCUCCAGAAGAUGCCGCCGAUAACCGACGUGGUGGACGUGCUGCCCAAAGUGAAGGCCAUGGCUCUGGAGGACCGCGCCAUGUUCGAGCGAGGGAUGAGGGCCUUCGUCUCGUACGUCCAGGGCUACGCCAAACACGAGUGUAGCCUCAUCUUCAGGGUCAAAGAUCUGGACUUUGCCGCUCUGGCCCGAGGCUUCGCGCUCCUUCGCCUCCCGAGGAUGCCCGAGCUGAAGGGAAAGACGUUUCCCGACUUCAAGGAGGCGGGGGUGGACACGGACACCAUCCGCUACAAGGACAAGAACAGGGAGAAGCAGAGACGCAAGAUGCUGGCGGAGCAGAAAGACAAAGAGAAGACGCCGUUUCCUAAGAGGAACUUCAUAAAGAACAAGGCCUGGUCCAAACAGAAGACCAAGAAGGAGCGGAGGAAGAAGGUGGCGGCCAAGAGGAAGCACAACGAGGGCUCCGACGUGGACGAUGAAGACAUGAACGAGCUUCUAAGCGACACUCGUCUCCUCAAGAAGCUAAAGAAAGGUCAAAUCAGCGAGGAGGACUUUGAGAGCCAGAUAACGAGUCACGGACCAAAGGCAAAACACAAAACAGAAUCAUAACAGAGGAAAUAAAUCUGUGACUUUUUUU